UAAGCUGGAUACAAUGUACUUAUCAAUGUUGCAAUACUUACAUCGCAAAAUGGCAAUAUUACUUAUUUCCUCAUGCAUUGGUUAAGAAAGCAAAUACACUAAGUAAAAAAGGAUUUUAAUUUAUUAUAUUGAGCUAAUUUUGACACCGUAAGAUCUGGCGUUAUGUUACAAUCCUCAUAAUGAUCAAUUGUCUUACUUUUGUCUCAAACUGAUUGACCUAACUAAUUGUGUAACUUGGUAGUGUUUGGUUUAUGUUUGUCAUAAAUAUAUAUAAACCUACGGGCAUUUUCCUUUGAUGUAGUUGACAUGAUUUAAAAAAAAACAAAAACUUUAUCAUUAGGUCGUCAACAAUGACACGGGGGAAGAUCCCGAGGAGGAACGUCAGAAAGUUUUGAAACGGAAACGUAUGUUAAGUGACGCUGUUCCAUCGUCGGUGAAACUUCAGAAGACAGAUGAGGAAUACGUAGAAAUUCCGGCCCCUGCUUUAGUGCACACACUGGAUGUAGGAAGCCCGUGCCUGUUACGAGAAGGGCCCCAAUCUUGGCAACCACAGUCAGCUGAAAAUUUGCAGUCCGAAGAAAAUUCCUAUGCAAUCUGCAGUCAACCGGAGGUUUCAACAGACUUUCCGGACGAUCAACUCGAAAAAUAUAUAUCAAGAAAGUUCCCAUUAAUUCUGGAAGAAGCGGACGCUACUGGUAUUGCUGACAUCUUAUAUAGCAACGGAGUUAUUCAAACGAAAGAUGUUGAGGCCAUUAGCGAAGAAAAGUUUAGAAGAGAUAAAGUAGACACAUUAUUGAAAGCCAUCAGCAGGUCGCCAAGAAUAAAAGACAAAUCUACCAUACGAAUCGUUCAAGAAGCAUUUGCAGCUGCAAAAUGUGCACAUUUGGUCGAAGACAUCACUAAGCCAAUAGAAGAGCUCAAUCUUCAUUGGCCUGAAGGGGAGAAGCUUUCAAAAAAUAAAAUUCGCACGUGUCUUCAUCAGCUUGGGCGGCAAAUGGAAAAGAACCUAGAUGUUAAAGUUAUUUUGGAUGAUCUUGUCGGUUUUGGCGUGCUUAGUAUUAAAGAGCAUCAAAACAUCAAAGAGAUAAGUUUUUAUCCGACGAAGGUAAAAUAUAUUUUAAAGUAUAUUUUACGAAAAGAUGAAGAGGUGUUUAUGCUCUUUUAUCACGUCAUUGAAAAGCACUGCAAACCACUCGCUAGUAGAAUGCGUCAAGCCAUGAAAGAAGCGUAUGAAAACUUUGAUUUAGGUAAGAACCCAUGCAUAGUUUAG